AUGAGCACCGCGCCCAGCGGAGCCGGCUCGGACUCCCCGCCGCAUCAGUGCCUCGGCUGCGACUACGGGGACUCGAUCCCCGUGCGGAUAGAGAAAGGCGACGAGGCGUUCCGUAGGGGCGAGUACAGCUUGGCCGCCGAGAUCUUCUGCAUGCUGCUGCCCCGGGUGGACCGGCCCGACCGCGGCCUCUGCCUGCGGCUGGGGAACUCGCUGGCCCGCGGGGGCCGCGUCCACCAGGCCAUGGGCCCUUUCCGCGCGGCGGCGCUGUUCGAGCCCUUGCAGCCCCACGAGCUGGGCCACCUGGCCACUGGCCUGGCGCGCUUCGUCCGCGAGCGCGAGUGGGUGCUGCGGCCUCUGCAGCCGGACGCCGACGCCGUGGAGCUGCGCUGGGGGCGGCCGCCCUCCCCACCCCCGGCCGCGGCGGCCCCCACGCCCGCCACGCUCCGCGCCCUGCUCCGGUGCCCGCGCUGCCCGCGGCUGCUCUACGAGCCGGUGACCCUGCUGUGCGGGCGCACGGUGUGUAAGUCCUGCGUGGAGCCGGGCGCGGUGCAGCCGUCGCGGGAGCCGCAGGUCAACGCGGUGCUCAGCAACCUGCUGGAGAAGUGCUUCCCGACCGAGAUCGUCGCGCGCAGGCUGGACAGCCAGGCGCGGGAUUUGCAGCGCCAGCAGCAAACCGAGGCAGCGCUGCUCACGUGCCAGCAGGCCCUGGACCUGGUUCCUGAUGACAAUUCUGUCUUGCUGUUGCGAGCAGAGAUCUAUUUAGCCCUGGAGAACUUUGAGCAGGCUUUACAAGACACCAGUGAAGUUUCUCAGAAUGAACCAUUCUGGAUUGAGGGACAUCACAUUAAAGCUGAAGCUCUUUCUAGACUGGGAAGAACUAAAGAAAUGUUGAAGGAGUUUAUCUACUGCCUUGCCUUAAAUCCUGAAUUUCAGCCAGUGAAGGAAGAAACACAGAAGGUGAUAUGUGAGUUACUUUUUCCAAAUUCAAGAAAUGUGCAUCAAAAUUCAGCAUCUUCCAUCCCAAGUGGAACGCUGAACACCGGAUUAAUGUCGCAGUCCAGCAGCCACGCGAGUGCCUCAGUUUCUCCGGAAUGGGGUCACAGUGCAGAGUGUGUUAAGGUGUGGAGUUCAUGUUCAUUUCUAAGAUGGGUUAUUGAUUUUUUUCUCUUUUUUGAUGAGAUUUCUUUAAUAUUCAGGAUUCUUUUUUUCCUCCUUACCCAGAAUCCAUCCAGUAAAGCUUAUGUAUUUAGAGAUAUCAACUCUUCGGUUCUGUAUUUUCUAAUGGGUCGAAACUACAAAGAAGAUGAAAAAAUGGUAGACAGUGUCCUCUCAAUAAAACCCAGCACUGGUUUAAAGAGACAGUUUCCAGAUGGCUUGGAGGACGUGCCCGACGUGGACACCCCUGGGAAAACCCCCAAGAAAGAUUUCUUACCUCAAGGGUGCGUGGACUUAGAAAUGAGAGGAAGUCCUGGAUUCUCCAUAGAUGUGACUGACUUCCGGUGUUCUUUUUGCAUGAGGUUGUUCUUUGAGCCUGUCACUACUCCUUGUGGACAUACAUUUUGCCUAAAAUGCUUCGAGCGCAGCCUCAACCAUGCCCCACGUUGUCCAUUGUGCGGAGAAACGUUUCCUGAAUUUUUGUUAAGAAGAAAUCUUAUUAUAACUCCUCUGAUCGAAGAAAUAAUAUCCCGAUAUCUGUCAGAUGAUUUGUACAACAGGAAGAAAAUUUACGAUGAAGAAAUGAAUCUACCCAGUUUGACCAGAGACAUUCCCAUCUUCUUGUGUUCCGCGGCCUUCCCUGUGAUCACCUGUGUGCUCCAUGUCUCUGAGCCGUGGUAUCAGCUUAUGAUAAGAAGAUGCAUGGAAACUGGCCUCAAGCGGUUUGGCAUGUGUUUGUCUACUGAAAAUAGAGGGAUUUCAGAGUUCGGCUGCACGAUGGAGAUCCAGGACGUCAGAAGUUUGCCCGAUGGGAGUAUCGACGUAGAUGCUCUUAGAGCUAGUCGGUUCAGAGUCCUGCGCUAUCGUCGCAGAGAUGGUUACAACACUGCGGAUAUUGAGUAUUUUGGAGAUGAAAAGGUGGAGGGUCCGGAAUAUGCAAACCUCGUCAGUCUUCAUGAUUCAGUUUACCAACAGUCUGUUUCCUGGUUUGCUGGUCUUCAGGAUCGCAGGAGAGAACAACUUAUAAGUCAUUUUGGGUCAAUGCCAGACAAGGACUCUGAGCCACAGAGUCACCUUAAUGGUCCUGCUUGGUCCUGGUGGGUCCUGGCAGUGUUGCCAUUGGAACAAAAGGCUCAGGUGGCUCUCCUGGGCAUGACCUCACUGAGAGAGCGUCUCCUUAUCAUUCGACGCAUCCAACGGGUCACACUUAGGACGAGAAGUAGUGAAGAGCUGGCUAACACCCGUUGGGGAAAUAAUUGAUUUUCUUUUUCUGUUAAGGCUGCUGGAAGCCCUCGUAUUUUUAAGCACAGGUUAGUAGCUAUCCCGUCUUGGCUUUGUAAAAAUGUUUUAUGAUAGGGUUACAAAAUGAAACAUUUACCAAAGGUUGACUCCAACUCAAAAGUUAAAAGACUGCCUGGUGGAAUCUGACCCUCUGUACGUUUAGCCUGAAGUUUGAAGCCCUUGGUUGGAAAACAGCUUAAGAAAAUCUCAUCAAAGCAGAUGUGUCUGCAAACAGUGGAACAUCACAGAUGGUUUACACAUGGUUUGGGUUUGGCAAGAAAGGGCUGCUUUCACAGCAAAGUAUCUUGUUAUUCCAGGUGGGAACAGCAUAUUAUGGCCAGUGAAAGGAAAACCACAUUUUUUAUCUGGAAGCAGAUUUCUCAGAGCACAGGCUAACAGAAAAUGUUCUUGAUCUUUGUAUGUCACUGGGAAAUUGUUUGCAAAAUGGAGAAACCAAACCAGUGUUCACUGAAGGCAUUGUAAUUAGUUUUUAUCCAAGAAGUAAUGGCUACUGAACAGAGCGGUGCUUAUUAUCCCAUAGAAAUCCCAGAUGUUGUAAAUUGCACGUUGACAUCAGAUAAAUGUCAGAGUUGAAGAAGAUGCCUGUCAGAAUAGUGUAGUUGGUUUGAGGGUAAAUAGUUAAACACUCAGUAAAAUGUGAACAGAAGUGAGUUAACGCUGUAUAUGUAUUGAGGUGUCCAACGUACAAUCAAACCAGUCCACAGAAAAUCUUGAAAGCAUUAUUUCAUUGAGUCAAUGGGUACUAAGCAUUUAGGAAAUCUUAGUUUUUUCUGCCAGUAUUUGCAUUAGAAAAUAGACCUGUGAGUCAGUCAGAGUUCUUCACUCUUCCAAAAAUGGGGGAAGAUGUUAGAAAGGUACUGUGGAAUGGAACUCUGUCCCAGGAAAAUACACCAAAAGAAUAUAGGACGGGAAGGGAGGCUGGCAUAAACUAUAAAUACUCAGCAAGGUUUUCUCCAGCACUAAGGUAAAAAUUUUGUUUUUUUAAACAAAAGUUUUAAUGUUACUAGACCCGGUGUUAUAUAUUAAAGAAAGAUGAGUAUAAUCUCCAACCUCUAAUGCAUAUUGAAAGUAUUGAUUAGAAUAACUGUUUUAACUUGAAGGACUGAACCAUUCUGCCCGACUAGCCAGAUGGUUUGUGUGGUUGAUUCUUGGUCUGUGAGGUGAAUGUUCUUAACCGGAAAGAAGACAGAGACUAGAAUAUAAAGCAAGUCACAGCUGGAGGUUUUGCUUUAUUCGGUCAAAGUGUAUGGCCUUCGAGUUUUAGGAAAUAUAUCUUAUAAUAUUAAUGUUGGUGGUUUAUCAGUCCAUCAAGGAUUAUAUUAGACAUUAUUCUAUUACUUUUUUUUAAUUGUAGUUUUCUUCAGCUAAAGCUUAGUUUCUUGUGGGAGUUAGAAAACACUGUUUUUAUUAACAUAGGUAUAAAGAGAAAAUUUGAAGGCAUUUUCCAAUCAGAAUUUUCAAGUGCCUCACGUAUUUUGAAUCGCCAAUCCUCAACAUGGUUUAAAGGCAGUUUAUCCAAGUGGUUUCUAAAGGAUUGCAUGGAUUCAUGUAUUAAAAAUGGUGCUUAACUUUAUUAGCCAUGAAAAUCCCCACCUGAUCAGUUAAAACUGCAUCUGAUAUGCCAAAAGGCCUUUGUUAGAAGUAGUUUAUGGAAACUGCUAGGCAUUCACCAUUCUCAGUUCUCCUUUGGGGAGGCUUUUUCUCUCUUGCAUCUGUGUUCAGAUAGUUAAAAUUGCUAUUUCCGUUUGGGGUGUCUAAUGAACCCCAGUGUAUUGUAACUUUUCUAGGAGCCUUCCCGAAGUUGUUUCUGUAUUGAGAAUGAUAAAAAGAUUUCUCUGUAUUACUGCUUUUCUCUUAACAGUUGGAAACUAUCGUUUCUCUUCCUCGCUCCUUACGUGUUGUAACUCUGUUCUUAAAACCAGAAACGUUCCUUCCUGUUUCUCUCUACCUCUGAGUCUUCUCAUUCUGAGUGUUCUCAUGUGAAAAGCCUGUUCAACGGGUAGCGAUGCAGAGUACAGCAACACAAGUCUUUGUUCUUUAUACAAGAGGAAAUGAACGUUGAUCACUCCAUGCUCUCUUCACACCUCCACAUAGUUCGAGGAUGGAGUAGGUGCUGUGCACCCGGAUGACAUCGUUUAUCGGGAAUCCCGACCAUGGUCAUGCUAUGCCCCAGUCAUGGUAUAAAGAAGCUUCUUUUGGCCAGCUUUAAAAAAAAACCAAACUUCAGUUUGCUACAGAUUAGCUGAAGCUGAGCAGUCCUCCCUCUGGCUCUUUUGUAUCAGGAAAGUCAUUUCUAAGGGUUUCUCAGAAAAUAACGUGUAAUCUCCCAUUCAGAGUUAGGACGCUGUAGUUUAAUUUUACUGAAUGUGUUGUGACAAGAAUGCCCUCAUUAAAUUGGAACAAAAGCGGAAUCUCGCUGUAGUCAUAGUGCGUGAGGGAGUAAUGUUGCUUCUUGAAGUUCAGUAUGCUGUGUUAGGUUAUUUUCCGUUGACCUCCAGGUGGGCUGACCCAUCUGCUUAUGCCCCUGAAACGCAGCUGAGAUCCUGACUGACGGUGUUCCGAACAUGCGAGGUUUUGGGGAUCUCACAUCUUGUGAGUGUCCCCGUCCUCAUCUUCAGAAUUGAAAGCUAGAGUGUUCUUAAGUUCCAAAUGAGGAAACAGAUUUUAAGUUUUAAGGCCUCUCUUUGCAAUCCCAGAAACCAGCUAAUACACCAAAUUUUAGUGUUAAUCCCAUUUUUAGGAUCACAGGUGUCCUGGCUCCUCUGAACGCCUCUAUUCCACGAAAACGCAAACUACCAACAGUGUAGAACUCAGUUCUUAAAUGUGUCAUGACUUUCACAGGACUUUGGAUUAUCAAUGCAAGAUUAAACCUAUAGAUUCUGGUUUUCAGGUUUUAUUUGAAAAUCUGCAGUUGUCAGAAUCAAACUGUUACCUAUCCUAGCUGUGUUGUAUAGAAUUCAUUGUUUUUCUUUUUUUUUUAAAGCACUGGUUUGUUUCUUUGUGUUUCCUCCCCCCACUUAAAUUGCUCGGGUAAAUACCAUUUUUUAAGAUGCUGUCUCUUAAAAAAAAAAAAAAAUUUCAAGGGAAAAAAGAAA